AUGGAUUUCCAAUCUCUAGAUAGAUGCAAUGUUUUCAAAGGCGAAGGCGAUCAGGGGUUUCUGGACUACACGACGCAGAGAGGAAACAAGGGAGGCUCGCACCAAAACGACACCGCUUUGUUCUACGAUCAGAUCAAGUCGAAGCUCCAGCUGGAAUUCAACAAGAACCAGCUCGUGGAGAAGCUCCGGCGCCUGAAGAAGAAGUACCGGAAUGUCCUCAACAAAAUCGCCGCCGGAAAAGAGGUCAGCUUCAAGAGCCCUCACGAUCAGGCCACGUUUGAGAUCUCGAGGAAGAUAUGGAGCAACAACGGCUGUAUCGCCGCAGCCGACAACCCGCUGGACGACGAAGACCCCAACCCUGAUCAAGACCGAAGACGCCGGAUUCCAGAAAUCCACGCCGAGAUCACGCAACCCACCUUCUUCCUCACAUCAUGCCCCGCCUUCGUUUUUCCGUCGCCUCACACUCCCGGAGCGUCGCCUUUCUAGAAGCUCGUCUAAGUUUGAGCACGCGAGGCGUUUACCCUUCGCCCUGCACCAAGACGCGCCUCGGCGUCGCCUUUGAAAACACUGGAUAGAUGUAACAAGACUGCAUAUUUCUGUCGCGAGUCGGGGCAUCGGUUAUUAUCAUUGCUCUGUUGGCCAAGACCCAUGAAUAUAUUCGCUCUUGAUUGUUACUUCUACUAGAAUUGUUCAUUCUUGAGCUUGGCAAGUCUGUUUCAUUAGGCUCUGAAACUGUAAUAUUUGGCUGUUUUGUCUUGAAUUAGAACAUGCUUAUGGUAGGAGAGAAAUAGUUGGAAAUUCGAGGACAGUGAACUUUUUUGUUUCCGCUGAUGAAGUCUAUAUCUUCCUUUCUUCUCAAAUAUAUCCUUCACUUUCUAUAUAGGUUAUGGACAAUAGACUGUUUCCAUGUUCUUUUACAUCAGCACUGGGUAGAAUAGGGCGGCACCUCUAGUUUUUAAUUUUUUAUCCUUCACUUUCCAGACUUGCUCAUUUAGUCCUUUCUUUUUUUGUAUAGUACAUUAGUUUUUCUGUCCACUGACAUUUUGGGGAAAAAAUUAAGGUAGAAUUGAAUCACAAUUUCUAAUAAAUCCAUGAUGGCCCCAUCUUCCAAUGCAUUUCCAUCAUUUUAUAUGGAAUUCUAGGAUUUACCAGUUUUUGACAAACCUGUCUUGUGGAGUACUGAUUCUACAUUUAUUUUGUGCUUUACCUAUUCAAAAUGUGUAUUUAUGUGUCUGAU